AUGACGGGUAACGGUGGUCCUGCCGCUUCGCUACCGGGAACUCCGCACCUCCGCCCUGGGGCAGCCAUCGACGACCUAAUUCGCUCGCUGGAGAAAGAAUGGAAGGUUGGCCUGAAGGUUCGUGGCGCUGAAUGGUCGCCAAAAAGAUCGAAUAGGGAUGAUACUUCAGACAAGAUCUGUGCGCUUGUUAAGUUGCUGUUCUUCAGUGCACGGCCAGCCCUGCAUCAUGCGAUCAAGGAAUUUGAGAGCCUUGCUCCGAGUCUGACACGCGAAAAGCGUCUUGUGGAACUUCAUGAGAUUUUGUCCCGAGUAAAGUCAUUUCCACAGGCGACAGACCGUUCGCUCGACGUUCAGCAAGAUGAGCGUGAAUCAUAUGCGACGGCCAUCGAUCCAGGGUCACCUACAGACGUUGACACUGAUAACGAGACGGACCAAGAAUUUGAGACACCACAAUCGCCAUCGCCAUCGCCGUCACCAUCACCAUCUACUAGGCCAGCACGGACGCUUUAUCAGGCAAGUAAUCAUGUCUCUUUACAUACCACCAAGAAAAGGCCUUACAAAAGCUCCGGUCGUUCUGAGAACUCGGCAAAGUUGACCAAAACCUCCAAAGGGAAGCAGACUGUCAAGUCUAUCAAAUCUUCGCCCAUCGCACCGCCACAGUUCGUGAAGCCGACUCUCAACAUGGCUCGAUCUUUCCAGGCUGCACCUUCAGGCUUAUCCUCGGCCAACACAUCCUUCAACAACACAUCUUUUUCUUCCCAGGAGACAGCAGCUACUACGAAUACCUCGUUUACGUCAAUCGAUGCUGUCGGGGAUCUCCAGGAAACGAGCCUGCUCGAGCCUAGAUUGACAAAGACAAGUUCGAAUGCAGUGGGUUCCUUGGAUGAUCGCGAUCUCUACCAAGCUAUUUCGCGUUCAGGAAAUGGAGUAUUCGAACAAGACAUUCAGCGAGAUCUCAAUGAAGUCUUUCCCCAAGGAAGCAGCGGUCAAAGCCGGUCGACUUUUGGUUCUAUCGAUGAAGACAGUCUCCUUCAGGCCUCUGUUGAGGUUGAAGACAAGCGGAAUAGAUCGGAAUUGAUUCCAAAUGAGAGGCAAGGAAACCAUCACAGCGAUAAGCAAGCCUACACGUCGGCUUCAACACUAUUCCCAUCCAAAGGAGUGCCAAACUAUCAAGGGCAGACAUCUCCUGACACGCAAUCUCCCUUGAAGAUGUCAUACGAAGUACGCAAUCUCCCCAACCAGAAUCUCUUCGUAGGUGAGCUCCCUAAAGCACUAGAGCACAUUCCUUACCAUAUCCUCUUCAUCUGUCAACGUCUAGCGAUAGAGCACUCCGUCGAAAUACAGCACUUGGUCCGUGGCAUGGACGUAUCUACCGUGUCUUCUGAUCCUGAAGCCUUUUGGCGUUUUAUCGAGAAAAAUAACAGCAUUACACGUGUGAAGCUGCGCGAGUCAAGUCGUCUCUGGCCAGCGGCGAAACGCAAAUUUGAUGGUUAUACGUUCAAGGGGCACAUCACUUUCAGCCUAAAAGACACUGGCCCCGUUGUCUAUCUGACGCUGUUACCGGUACAGGCAGACAAAUCGUGCCGAUUUGAGCGAAUCUUUGGUUCAGACCGCUUUCUCUACCUGCACACACCCAAAUUUGAUUCUUCCAAGACGCCCCGCUACAACGCUGAUCAAGUGCAACAAAUUUGCAGUCAAUGGCAAGCAUGGCUCCUUGCCGAGCAUUCCUUCUUGGGCCGUAAAUGGAGAGCCUUCCAUAUUGAAGAUUUGAAAAGGAGCAAGAACGCCCGUCGGAAGGAUACGGUCCACGAAAAAAGAAUUGUACUCUUCGCGACAGAAGGAUGUGGCAUUAAGCAACCGUGUUCAGUGGGUCGGAUGAUUCAUCAGUUCCUACCGUUUGAUACCAACGAGAACCAGGGCUUUUGCAAAGCCUUUGCUCGCAUUGAACUCGGGCUUUCUCGAACCAUUCCAACAUUAUGCUUUGAUACAUCGCAGAUCAUCCAUGUGGAUGACGAUUUGGCUUCAACUGACCCGGAAGACACACGGUUUAACGAUCCAAGACUACACUGGCAGUCGUUUCCUAACAAUACGGUCAUGAAUGACGGAUGCUCAACCAUCUCUGUGGGUGCCGCAUUAGACAUAUGGCAGCAAUACAAGAAAGCUACUGGAGUUUCUGGUCCUUUACCGAGUGCGUUUCAAGGACGUAUUGGUGGAGCUAAGGGACUCUGGAUGAUCAGUGCAGAGUCAUUCACCAAGGAUCCUCAGCAUCUCGAAUAUUGGAUCAAAAUCAACAAGAGUCAACAGAAAUUCCACCCGCCUGCCGACCAGCCACAUCACCACCGAACUUUUGAGGUGUCCAACUACAGUUCCGCGCCGUCACCAUCGGAACUCCAUAUAUCGUUCAUUCCUAUCCUGAUUGAUAGAGGCAUAAAGAAAGAAGCUGUUUCUGGUCUCAUGAGAGAGUGCCUCGAUACGGAACGCAAGAAGCUGCUAGAAUUGCUUCCAGAUCCUGUCAAGACGUACGAUUGGGUUCACCAGAACGGCGCAAAGACCCGGACUGAACCUUCCUGGCAAGGAGCACUGCCAUUGUCUCUAGAGGAAAAGCUAAAGUUUCUACUGGAAUCGGGCUUUUUACCUAUCAAGUUACCGUAUCUUGCUAGAAGCCUCGAGCGCUUCAUUCAGACCAAGCAAAUAUUCCAGGAAUCCAAGCUGCGGGUACCGCUUGCAAAAUCGGCCUUCUUGUAUGGUGUAGCGGAUCCUCUCGGGGUUUUGGAGCCAGGAGAAAUCCAGGUGCAAUUCUCAUCCUCAUUCGUCGACGAGAAGACGGACGAGAAGUACCUCUGUCUUAGGGAUAUGGAAGCUUUAGUCGCUCGUCAGCCUGCUUGUCGCCGCUCAGACAUCCAGAAAGUGCGCACAACCAUACGCCCUGAACUAUCACAUUUAGUAGAUGUAGUGGUCUUUCCGUGUAAGGGCCGUUACCCACUAGCCGGAAAACUUCAAGGCGGUGAUUACGAUGGUGAUAUAUUCUGGAUAUGCUGGGAAACCACACUUGUGCAGCCAUUUCUGAAUGCGCCAGCGCCAGUACAGCCCCCUGAUCCUGCAAAGUAUGGCAUACAAACACGAAGUGAAAGGCUCAAGGAUAUUAUGGAUACCGGCAACCCGGAAACAGUGGACAAAUUUCUCUGCAAAGCAUUCGAAUUCCGCAAUAAUCCUUCUCUACUUGGUCACGUCACCACAUUUGCAGACAAGCAAGCCUACAGCGAAAAUCGCAUAUAUUCACCAAAGCUUGAGCAGCUGUAUGAUAUGCACGACUUGCUAGUCGAUGCUUCCAAACAAGGCUAUGUUUUUACACAGGCGGACUUCAAGCGGUGGGUACGCCGACUACCAAAACAACCAAAGCAGCCGGUUUACAAGGCCGCGAUGGAGGAUUGCUUCAAUAUCAAAGACUCCACAGAAGUCGAGAAAUCCCGGAAGAAGCCAUACCGAUACGACUCCAAGCAUGCGAUUGACUACAUCUACUUCGACGUUGUAAGAGCGCACAAUAUUGAGACAAUGGUGCAGCUCAAAUCCGUCUUCUUGAAAGCUAUCCAACUGGAUGAGGCAUUGCUUUAUCCGAGUAAGCACCUUAGUGAGAACAGAUCGAAGACGAUCGACAAGGAACUUUUGUCUCUGGCUGGCAAGCUGAGAGAAGUGAAAAAUACUUGGAACGCUGGGGUCCACAGUAAUAUGAGCACAAACGACCACUUCAACACUCUCGUGAACACCUGUUACGAACGGUACCAGGCUAUACGGCCUGACGAUCCUGGCCAUCCCGAUAUUCGACCUCUUAUGGAUGAGUAUCUUACGCCUGGAGCAUGUCUGUGGGAUACCAUCAAAGCAUCGGUACUGUAUAACACGUUUCAACGGCCUGAACAAUCCACGUUCGUUUUCACUAUGGCAGGACGCGAGCUUGGGAGACUAAAGGCAAAUAGCUCUGAGUACUCCAGGGCUAUAGUAUCAUCCAUCCGUGCUAAUAUGAAGCCGAAACCUAUCAAGGCGCCAGUUGAGCACGACGAGGAAGAUGAGGAAGACGACUUUGAGGCCGCGCUCGAGGAGCCUAUCCGGUAG